GGUCGACGGCUCACGCUAUCUAACUCGUACAACGGCUACAAGUGGGUUGCCAACGGGGCCCCUAUCUUCUCUAGGCAAGCAUAUUUUGCCCUAGUUACUGCCAUCUUCUCCUCCGUAAGCAUAUAUAUUUACUAUACGGUUCCUUCCGUUGUCCGGGAUUUUGAUUGCGUAAUCGAUCAAUCCAAGAGGUUAUCGAAGGCCGCACACUCCAGAUUACGGCGUCGUACUGGCCGAUCGAGAUAGCGGCAGCUUUCACUAUAUACAGUUACUCUUUCGGGUUUCGGUUUUGGUUUCUGAAGUGGAGAGAAAGUUGGAUGAGUUGUUUUAGAAAUCUAGAAAAGAAAAGAAAAGAAAAGAAGGAAGUGCCUGAAAUUUAGGGUUUCUUUUUGGAGGCAAUUCUUUUUUUGUAGUUUUUCUUGUUUAAUUGUAUCAUCUGUAUUAAUGAGAAUUUCUGGCGGAUUCUGAGGAAAUCCCUUAAAUUUUACUUUUUCUGAAUCUUUGUUUUUGUGUUUUUGGUCAGUUGUGUUGAAUUCUUGAAGUAGAGCUGCACAAAAAAAAAAUUGUGUAUUUGAUUAUUGAUUGAAGGUUGAUUGUUGUUAUUGAUUGGCAAUAAAAGAAGAGUGCGUUUGUGAGAUAUUGUGUUUUGCAGUUGGAGAAAAAAAUAAAAAAUAAAAAUAAAAACAAUUAUUUGUGACUUGUUAUAAAGGAGAUGAUGGGUAGCACUGGGCUGAGUGAGUCAGCUAAUGCAGCUACUCGCGCAGUAUAUGGAGUAUCAGAACCAAUUUCUACUGGUGGUCCGACUGAGUUUGAUGUGGUGAGGAACACCGAAUUGGAAAAGUUUCUUGCAGAUGCUGGAUUGUAUGAAAGUCAGGAAGAAGCCAUUAGAAGGGAAGAAGUCCUUGGAAGAUUGGAUCAGAUUGUAAAGAAGUGGGUGAAAAAUGUCAGUCAUGCAAAAGGUCAUAGCGAACAUCUGGCACAGGAAGCAAAUGCAAAGAUUUUCACAUUUGGUUCAUACCGGUUGGGGGUACAUGGACCUGGUGCAGAUAUAGACACCUUAUGUGUGGGACCACGAUAUGCUACUCGAGAAGAUUUCUUUAGUGAGCUUCAUAAAAUGCUCUCAGAGACGGAUGAAAUUGAGGAACUGCAUCCUGUUCCAGAUGCUCAUGUUCCUGUGAUGGGAUUCAAGUUUAAUGGAAUAUCUAUAGACCUUCUUUAUGCAAAUGUGGCACUAUGGGUUAUCCCUGAGGACUUGGAUAUUUCACAAGAAUCCAUAUUGCAGGGUGUUGAUGAGGCGACUGUUCGUAGUCUUAAUGGUUGCAGAGUUACUGAUCAAGUUUUGCAUUUAGUUCCUAAUAUUCAGAGUUUUCGGACUACAUUGAGAUGUCUGAGAUUGUGGGCAGGGCGGCGUGGAGUUUACUCAAAUGUUACUGGCUUUCUUGGUGGUGUUAAUUGGGCAUUGCUUGUUGCUCGCAUUUGCCAACUAUAUCCUAAUGCAAUUCCUAGCAUGUUGGUGUCUCGGUUCUUCAGGGUCUACAGUAUGUGGCGCUGGCCAAACCCUGUUUUAUUAUGUCCAAUUCAAGAAGGAUCUCUAGGACUGCCAUAUUGGGACCCUAGGAGAAAUUUCAAAGACAGGAUGCACCUAAUGCCUAUAAUAACCCCAGCAUAUCCUUGCAUGAACUCUAGCUACAAUGUGUCCACAAGCACAUUGCGUGUUAUGACAGAAGAAUUUCAGAGGGGAAAUGAUAUUUGUGAGGCAAUAGAAGCAAACAGAGCUAGCUGGGUGAACCUUUUUGAGCCUUUUGCCUUUUUUGAAGCCUACAAAAACUAUUUGCAAAUAGAUAUAUCUGCUGAGAAUAAUGAUGAUAUGAUGAACUGGAAAGGCUGGGUCAAGUCUAGGAUACGUUUGCUUACUCUGAAGAUUGAGAGGGACACAAGCGGAGUACUUCAGUGCCAUCCCUGUCCUGGUGAAUUUUCAGACAAAGCAAAACCAUUUCAUCAUUCUUACUUUAUGGGAUUACGCAGAAAACAAGGAACUAAUCCCCAACAAGGUGAACAGUUUGAUAUAAGGUUGACAAUUGAGGAUUUUAAGCAUGAUGUAUAUCAAUACUCCUUUCGGAAAUCAACAAUGUUGAUUCGUGUGUGUCAUGUAAAACGGAAAAACAUUCCUAACUUUGUCUUCCCUGGAGGAGUUAGGCCUGCACAACCUGCAAAAGCACCUGUUGCUACUAGAAAGAGAAAACCGGAUGAAGUUGUUAGUAGUAGUGAUGCAAGAUUGCCAGGUGAAACGAGAGAAGCAAAGAGAUUGGAAUGUGAUGUUGGUGACACGUUGAGUAGUGUUAGGCAUGUGGAAAGCCAUGUUGAGGUAUCGAUCAAAAGCAGAUCACCGGCUGUGCCUUCACCAAUUGAAGCACCAGCAGAGAGGUUUCUAGUCAAGCAAUUUGUGGAGCCAAUUAUCGACCAGCCAGAUUCGUCUCAAGUUUUUGAUGGGCUGGGAGAUGAUGAGUUGAAGGAUGGAGGGUGUUUUUUUGAUCCACCGGAAGCUGUAGAAAAGCCAGGGGAUGAAGCGGCAAGUUCAGAUAAAGGGGAUGAGAAUAGCAAUUCUUGUUGUGCCGUGCGUGAUGAGUGCCUGGAAGAGCUCGAGCUGAAUGCUUCACCCAACGGCAUGGCAACUACAUCAGCAUUUAUAGCUCCUCAAAAGCCGAUGAUAAGGUUGAAUUUCACUUCUUUGAGGAGAACAACCGAGAACGGUGCCUAAGGCUGCUUCCGUUUUCUUUUAGCUGAUGCUGAAUGCUCUCGCUCGUCUCAAUUUCUUGAAACUGAAUGGGAAUGCUCACCUUUUAUCUCAGGGCCUCCUUCGGGUGCCCAUAAAAUGAUGUAAAUUAUUAUCAUUUUGUUAUCAAAUAAUUUGUACCAACCGGCAUCUUUGGAUAUGGAACAAUUGUAUCAGUGUGAUGAUGAUAUUUACCCUUAUCUAUCAGUGUCUGCUCAGGCACGAUUGGCUCU